GUAAGGAGAGGUGAGAGAGAGAGAGAGAGGGUGGCUGGUCAGGUCUACACUCUACUACACUACUACUGGGUCUAUACACUAUCUCUCUCUCUCUCUCUCUCUCUCUCUCUUUCUCUUUCUUUGCUUUUCUCUUACUUAAUUACGCCCCCAAGAUUUCGUCUGUUGUGUUAUUUGUGAGAGAGAGAGAGUGUGCACCUUAACUCACUCUCCAAAAUCAUGCCGAUAUAUAAUCUUUGAUACUAUUAUAUAUUCCUUUUAGCCGUUUCUCUUUUUCAAGUUUUCAUCAUCAAAUUAUAAAUAUAAAAAAAACAAAACGGUUCAUGGGUUUUGUGAUUUUUGAAAGUGUUUUUUAGUAUUAUUUGACUUCUCUUAUUAUAUGCUGUCUCUGUGUCUUCAUUUCCUUAUAAACGAAGCACCGCCCAAAAUUCUUGUCUUUCUUUCUUUGUUUGCUUGCUGUCUUUUUUGUUUAAUGGGGGAGAUUAGCUGAUUCACACACACUUUGAGAGUGGGAGUGUGUUGUUGUUGUACUUGUAGUGAGAGAGCUUAUUAGCCCUAGCCAAGUCUAUAUCUAUACUAAACAUAUAUAUACGUAUAUAGAUAUAGAUAUGGAGUUCGGCGGAGGAGGUGGCGGUGGGGACCACCACGAUGCCUCCUCCGAAGGUCGGAGGAAGAAGCGCUACCAUCGUCACACUGCUCACCAGAUUCAGAGACUCGAAGGGAUGUUCAAGGAGUGCCCUCACCCAGAUGAGAAGCAAAGGUUACAGUUAAGUAGGGAGUUAGGCUUGGCUCCUCGCCAGAUCAAAUUUUGGUUCCAAAACAGGAGGACCCAGAUGAAGGCUCAACAUGAGAGAGCUGAUAACAGUGCCCUUCGGGCAGAAAACGAUAAGAUCCGUUGUGAGAACAUAGCAAUCCGAGAGGCACUCAGAAAUGUCAUCUGCCCCUCUUGCGGGGGCCCUCCGGUUACCGAAGAUUCCUACUUUGAUGAACAAAAACUCCGAAUAGAGAAUGCCCAAUUGAAAGAAGAGCUUGAUAGAGUAUCAAGCAUUGCGGCCAAGUACAUAGGAAGGCCAAUUUCUCAACUCCCACCAGUACAGCCCAUCCCUAUUUCUUCAUUGGACUUAUCAAUGGGAAGUUUUGGAGGCCAAGGGAUUAGUGGACCUUCUCUUGAUCUUGAUCUUCUUCCGGGGAGUUCAUCGACUCUACCAAGUUUGCCGCCUUUUCAGCCCGCUUGCCUUUCGGACAUGGACAAGUCCCUCAUGACAGAUAUUGCUGCCACUGCCAUGAACGAAUUACUAAGGCUUCUUCAAACCAACGAUCCCUUGUGGAUGAAGUCCCCGACUGAUGGGAGGGAUGUUCUUGAUCUUGAAAGCUAUGAAAGGAUUUUUCCAAGGGGUAAUGCUAACUUGAAAAACCCCCACGUGCGGAUUGAGGCUUCCAGGGAUUCAUGCGUUGUUAUCAUGAAUGGUUUAGCAUUGGUUGAUAUGUUUAUGGACUCAAACAAGUGGGUGGAGCUAUUCCCCACAAUUGUCUCAAUGGCAAGGACUUUAGAAGUGAUAUCAUCCGGAAUGAUGGGUAGUCAUAGUGGCUCUUUGCAACUGAUGUAUGAAGAGUUGCAGGUGCUUUCACCGCUUGUACCUACUAGGGAGUUCUAUUUCCUCCGUUACUGUCAGCAAAUUGAGCAAGGGUCGUGGGCAAUUGUAGAUGUCUCUUAUGAUAUCUCUCGUGAUAACCAAUUUGCUUCUCAAUAUCGAUCUCACCGGCUUCCCUCUGGAUGCUUGAUUCAGGACAUGCCCAAUGGGUAUUCCAAGGUUACUUGGGUGGAACAUGUGGAAAUUGAAGACAAAGCUCCAACUCAUCGGUUCCACAGAGAUCUUAUUCAUAGUGGGUUGGCAUUUGGAGCUCAAAGAUGGCUUGCUACUCUUAAGAGGAUGUGUGAAAGGUUUGCUUGUCUUAUGGUGACGGGCACUUCUACUACUCGGGAUCUUGAAGGAGUAAUUCCAUCAGCCGAUGGCAAAAGAAGCAUGAUGAAACUUGCCCAAAGAAUGGUAAACAAUUUCUGUUCAAGCAUUAGCACAUCAAACGGCCACCGGUGGACCACACUUUCUGGGUUGAAUGAGGUAGGAGUUCGAGUGACUGUCCAUAAGAGCACGGAUCCUGGCCAACCCAACGGUGUGGUUCUUAGUGCAGCUACUACUAUUUGGCUUCCAAUUUCCCCCCAAAAUGUCUUCAAUUUCUUCAAGGAUGAAAGAACUAGACCACAGUGGGAUGUUCUCUCCAAUGGCAAUGCGGUGCAGGAGGUUGCUCAUAUAGCAAACGGGUCACAUCCUGGAAACUGCAUAUCUGUUCUUAGAGCUUUAAACAAUAGCCAGAACAAUAUGUUGAUACUUCAAGAGAGCUGCAUGGAUUCGUCAGGUUCACUUAUUGUGUACUGCCCGGUUGAUCUACCAGCUAUAAACAUAGCAAUGAGCGGUGAAGAUCCUUCCUACAUUCCUCUACUACCAUCAGGGUUCACCAUAUCACCAGACGGUCGAGCCGAGCAGGGAGAUGGUGCAUCGACGAGCUCUAGCACGCACGGGCACGGGAGGUCAGGUGGUUCACUAAUUACAGUAGCAUUUCAGAUACUUGUGAGCAGCCUGCCAUCAGCUAAGCUUAACUUGGAGUCGGUGACAACUGUUAAUAACCUUAUCGGCACCACUGUCCAGCAAAUUAAGGCUGCCUUGAAUUGUCCUAGUUCCUAAUGACUCUGCUUCAUCUGCUACACCAACUGUUUUUGGCUCGACCAUCCUUAAAUAUACUGAUCAGUCAGGUUCUCAGUCUCUUUGUGCUGGAGGGUAUUCAAUGCUGGAAAAAGUAUAUGGGGUUAGUUGGGAAUUUGAAUGCCCUCUCAUCAAGAGCUGAAGCUGAUUAUUUACUGCUGCUGUGUUUUGCUGCCAAGGUGCAUUACAUUUUACACCAACUACAAUUUUUAGUUUUUUGGGCAAGGCUUUUUGCUUCUUUUUUUCGGUUGUUGUUUUGCUAUAUUUACGUUGGAAGAGUAGUCUUAAAAGAGGGAGUCAAGAACGCACCAUACUUGUAUUUCCUGUUGGUUUUUCUCUCACCUUUUUCCCUUUUUUUCCUUUGCAUUCCCCAUCUCUCUUUUUUGUCACUGUACAACACCUCAAGAAAAAAGUAUGGUUCGGGUAUUGACUUCUGUUCAUGGACUUCUCUUAAUUCAUGUAUGAAUUAAUAUUAUUCUUGUCUUUUAUCUA